AUGGCUGACGAAGAGCACCCGGAAGAAGGACUUCGAAGCGGGUUCCCUCAAUCACCAUCCUCGUUUGACGCAGAUCCCCGAGUCUCUUUCUCCAAACUCGACAACAAGUUCAUCCUCGAGACCGAAGAGGGCGAGUUCGAAUGGGAUAUUGCCCUAAAAAGAUGGAUUCCAGUGCUGGACCAGUCAUUGUUGGAACAACAAAGCGAGAUCUACAAAGUUCCCGGUGUUGACGAAAAUGCGGCGCAAGCAAGGGACAAGAAGAAACGGAAACACGCCAACGGCGACGAGGCGGAUCCAAAGCCUAAGAAACCUCGAGUCAACACGGCGGUCUAUGUCACUUCAAUCCCUUUCGAUGCGGACCAGGAAGAAAUAGAGCAAGUCUUCUCCAAGUGCGGUGUCCUCGCCGAGGACUUGGACACUGGCAAGCCGCGGAUAAAGAUGUACGAAGAUGAGGAUGGCAAAUUUAAGGGAGACGCCCUUGUCGUGUACUUCCGGCCGGAAUCAGUGGCACUCGCAAUCCAAAUGCUCGAUGAUACGGACUUCCGAUUCGGCACGGAGGGACCGAUGGGAAAGAUGAAAGUUCAAGCUGCAGAUUUCUCACACAAGAAACCGCAGGAGGAGUCGCAGCAGCCAGUCAAGCCGAGCAAGAAAGACCAGAAAAAGCUGAUGAAGAGGACACAGAAGAUGAUAGGGAAACUAACGGACUGGGACGACGAUGACCCGCAAACACUCCAAGCGACGGGUUCGAGGUGGGACAAGGUCGUGAUUUUGAAGCAUAUGUUCACACUCAAGGAAUUAGAGGAGGAUCCCGCCGCCAUGCUUGAGAUCAAAGAGGACAUUCGAGAGGAAUGUUCGAAAUUGGGAGAGGUUACCAAUGUUGUCCUCUUCGACAAGGAGGAAGACGGUGUUGCUAGCGUGCGCUUUUCCAAUGCCGAAGCCGCCGCCGCCUGUGUCAGUCUUAUGAAUGGUCGAUGGUUCGACGAGAGACAACUGGAGGCCUAUAUUUCAACAGGCAAUGAGAAGUUCAAGAGAUCCAGCGACAAGACGACCGGUCUUGACGAGGACGAAGACGAGAAUGAGGGUGGGCGAUUGGACAAGUUCGGUUCCUGGCUGGAGCAAGACGCCUGA